AUGUGUCUUCCCAGCAGAUAUCAAAACAAUGGCAACACCCUUGUUCUGUUCUGCUCCUCUGCGCCUCCCGUCCAGAGGUGCGGACACUACCGUAGAAGCUGUUAUAGCCCUAGUACCUCCCCUCCCCCUCCCCCAGUGGGCCUCUUUUUUUACAAGUGUGUGGACAGCCCUGACCCGCUGAUCCUGACGCUGGCUGACACUGAUGGUGCUCAGACUUUGACCCCUGAGCCCCGGAGAGCUCUCUCACAGGACCGAGGACCGGGCGUGUUUUCAGGUCCCACCCAAUGUCUAAUGAGGACGGAGACACAAGCAGCUCCUCUCUCCUCUCACCCACCACCCCCCCUCCACCCCUUCUGCCCGCUCCGUGUGCCAGUGCCAGGCUGCAGCUGGGCCACUAAUCACCCCUCCUGGCCUGGAUAA